AUGGUUUUCGGGAUUUCCUUCUCCAUUUCUGUUGAACUCUUUCAAGAAAAACCCUUGUUUCCACCAAAGUUCCGGUCAAUGGUUGUAUUCGUCUCAAUCAAAGUCCAUUUCCAAUAUGUGUUCAUCAACAAACCUUUUUGCUACUCAGAUGGUAUUCAUCAUGUGUUUGAGAAUAUCGAUUUUGCUGGUAUGACUUACAAGGAGUUUGUUGGUUUUCUUGAACGAUUCACACAAGAGAAGUGUGAAAAAGUUUACUGUUAUCAGUUGGAUUUAGAAAUCCCAGAAGGUUUAACAAUGAUUUCUAGUGAUUAUGAAUAUCAAGAGUGUAUAGACGUUACGCAUAGGUGUGGAGUACAACUGCCUAUGUAUAUGUGUCACACCCCCAGCCGAGGCAGAACAUGCCGGAAGUGCGACUAA